UUUUAUAUGGAUAGAUAGAUAAGCACAGGCUUCUUUCAUUCCCAGAACACAACAAACAGAACAGAGAGAGAGAGAGAGAGACAGAGAGCUCUCCAAAACCAAAACACCAUGGCUACUACGUGUUCUACUGCGCCCUCAUCUCUGAUGCUAACACAUGUUGCCUCAUCAGUACACCCACAAGACCUCACUCCUUCCCUUCUCUCCUUCAAGCCCAAAUCACUCUGCACCGCUUUUUGUGUCCACCCUCUGGUGUUGAGGCCUAGAGAGAGACGAACAAGUAGGUGGGUCAAUGUGAAUUUGAACAAGGAAGGUAAAACUGGUGGAUUUUACCAUCGUGUUGUGGUUGCUGCUGCUGCUGUGGCUGCAGAGGUGGCAGAGGUGGCUGAGGAUGUGGAGGGGAAAGAAGGAGUGGAAGGGGUUGAUGGGUCUUCUGCUGUUGGUACUGUUACUGUCACAAAGCCAAAGAAAGGGAAGGCUGCAUUGCUUUUGAAGAGAGACAGGAGGAGGUCUAAGAGAUUCUUGGAAAUUCAAAAAUUAAGGGAAAACAAAAAAGAAUAUGACCUGAAGACAGCAAUAUCUUUGCUAAAACAAAUGGCCAGUACAAAGUUCGUGGAAUCAGUUGAAGCUCAUUUUCGCCUAAACAUUGAUCCAAAAUAUAAUGACCAACAGCUGAGGGCAACUGUAAGCCUGCCCAAGGGAACUGGACAAACUGUUAAAGUUGCUGUACUUACUCAAGGUGAGAAGUUCGAUGAAGCAAAAAAUGCGGGAGCUGAUUUGGUUGGGGGAGAGGACCUGAUAGAACAAAUAAAAGGAGGAUUUAUGGAAUUUGACAAAUUAAUUGCUUCUCCGGAUAUGAUGCCUAAGGUUGCAAGCCUAGGAAAGAUUCUGGGACCCCGAGGGCUGAUGCCAAAUCCGAAAGCCGGUACUGUUACACCUAAUAUACCUCAGGCUAUAUCAGAAUUCAAGCAGGGGAAAGUUGAAUACAGAGCAGACAAAACUGGGAUUGUUCACUUACCUUUUGGAAAAGCUGACUUUCCUGAAGAAGACCUUACUGUUAACUUGCUUGCUGCAGUAAAAUCAGUAGAAUCCAACAAGCCAUCAGGUGCGAAAGGUGUAUACUGGAAAAGUGCACAUAUUUGCUCAUCAAUGGGGCCUUCUAUUCGGUUAAAUAUAAGGGAGAUGCUUGAUUAUAAGCCUCCAUCAAUGGUUUAAAGAACACUAUACUUUGUAAAUGUUGUCUUCAUUAUUUAAUCAGCCCCCUAGGUGACUGUCAGAUCUUACCAAUGUUUAGUAAAGUUGGUAGGAGAGUAACUAAUAUGAAAAGAGGGAGACUGAUGGCUCGGAACUGUCACAUUAAUGUUCUCACACAAUAGUCUUCUUCUACACUGACCUGGAAAGCCCUUGUAUGGUCGUUGUGAUCAAUAUUAUCAAAUUUACUGUCUUAUUUUGUUUUGCAA